AUGGCAAGAGAAAGUAUAGGUUGGGUGAGCACUACAGAACUUGAUAAUGUUCAAGACUUUUGGACAAGUAAUGUUCUUAAAUCCUCAAUAUAUAAAAAUAAGAUUCAAAGAUUACCACCUUUGAAUAUACAUUAUGAUACACCUCGUUUACCAAAUGAUAAAAAAUGGACUGAUCAAUCAUUAAUUUCAACUCGAAGUGUUGAUAAUUAUUUAGCUGAAUCCGAUGCAUUUCAACGAGCUUCUUUUACAAAUAUAAUCGAAAAAUGGAAAGAAUAUGAUAAAAGUAAAACUGAUCGACUUAUAUCCUCAUUUGAUACUCAUUAUAAUAUGAAAAUACGUUUUCGUCAAGACGAGAAAAUAAAUCGUUCAUCAGAAAUGAAAUAUGGAUCUAUUGCAACAUAUCAUCGUUUUAUAGGCAGUGAAAAUAAUAAUAAAAAUAAUAAACCAUGUGUACGGCAUAAACGUCUUACACAAGAAUUUGAAGAAAGACAUGUACGUGAAUUAUUACAAUUACCAACAACAACAGUUAAAACACGUAGGCCAUCUCAUUAUUUAUCGAAAAUAACUAAACUUCCACCUAUUGAAACAACUAUUCAUAGUUCAGUAUCAAUCCAGCUGAGUAUGCUCUGGUUAGUAUAUGGCGCAGCGGGUUGGAUUGGUGGACAAUGUCGUGAUUUACUCAAUGUUGCUGGUCAAAAAGUAGUAUCUGGUCGACGUGUAGCAUCAUUAAAAGAUGUUGAAGAAGAUAUUAUUACACAUAAACCCGAUCGUGUUAUUUGUGCUCUUGGUCGAACACAUGGUGACGGUAUUUCAAAUAUUGAUUAUUUAGAAAAACCAGGUAAACUUAAAGAUAAUAUGCGUGAUAAUCUAUUAGCACCAAUGUUUAUUGCGCAAGCAACAAUGCAAUAUUCUAAAUUAGCUGCUCCUAUUCCAACUCUUUAUAUUGGUACUGGCUGUAUUUAUGAAUAUGCAAAUCCAAAUGAUUUGACUUAUGCAUAUACAGAAAAUGAUCCACCAAAUUUUUUUGGUUCAUCUUAUUCAACUGUCAAAGGUACAACUGAUUUAUUAAUUGAUGCUUAUCCACAUGUGAUAAAUGCUCGUAUUCGAAUGCCAAUAUCGGAUGAACCAAAUUCAAGAGAUUUCAUUACUAAAAUUGUUGCUUAUAAAAAAAUUACAUCAUUACCGAAUAGCAUGACAGUUAUGUCAGAUGUAUUACCAAUACUUCUGGCACUUACACAUGAUGGUAAAUUUGGUGGUCGAAUAAAUGCCUGCAGUAAAGGAUGGGCUGAUCAUGAUUGGAUUCUUAAAACUUAUCAAGAGAAAACAGGCGAAGUUUUAAAUUAUGAAUUAGAAUCAUUUGAAGACCAAAGUGCACGAUUAGCUGCACGUCGUUCAAAUAAUAUUUUAUCUACAGAUAAACUUGAACAAUGGAUGAAAAUGUUAUCACCGGAUACACGUAAACUUUAUUAUACACCACAUAUAUUACCAGAAUUAAAAAAAAGUAUUGAAACAAUAUGUGUACAUCGAGCAAAUAUGAAAGCAACUAAUAAUCAUGAUUUAACUGAAACACGACGAUUACUUGUUACUGGUGGUUGUGGAUUUAUAGGAAGUAAUUUUGUUAAUUAUUGGCUUAAAACAUAUCCUGAAGAUACAGUUAUUAAUGUUGAUAAACUUGAUACAUGUUCUAAUAUACGAAAUGUUGAACAAGCUGAUUCAUCGAAAUAUAAAUUAGUUGUUGCAAGUAUUAAUAAUAAAGAUUUAAUGUUACAUUUAAUGAAACAAUAUGAUAUUACACAUGUUGUUCAUUUUGCUGCACAAACACAUGUUGAUACAUCAUUUGGUAAUAGUAUUCUAUUUACUGAAUCAAAUAUAUUUGGUACACAUUGUUUACUUGAAGCAAGUCGAAUUUAUAAUAAACUUCGAAAAUUUAUACAUAUUAGUACCGAUGAAGUUUAUGGAGAGUGGCCAGCAGGUAGUUGUCAUGAAACAGCUGUUCUUAAUCCAACAAAUCCUUAUGCAGCAACAAAAGCAGCAGCUGAAUUUCUUGUUAAAUCUUAUGGUGAAAGUUUUAAAUUACCAUAUGUUAUAACACGUGGUAAUAAUGUUUAUGGUCCAUAUCAAUUUCCUGAAAAAGUUAUUCCUCGUUUUAUUACAUCAAUAAUGAAUAAUGAAAAAAUGACAAUACAAGGUGAUGGAAAACAAGUUCGAAAUUUUAUUCAUGUAACAGAUACAGUACAUGCUAUUGAUCUUGUUCUUCGUAAAGGUAAAAUAAAAAUGAUUUAUAAUAUUGGUUCAAAAGAUGAAAUUAAAGUUAUGGAAAUAGCUUCAAUACUUCUUAAGUUAAUGAAGCCAGAAGUUAAACUUGAAGAUUCAAUUGUUUAUGUUAAAGAUCGUUAUUUUAAUGAUUGCCGAUAUUCUGUUAUGACAGAUGCACUUGAAAGUUUAGGUUGGAAACAAGAAAUUAAAUUUGAUGAUGGUAUUCGUAUGACUAUUAAAUGGUAUCAAGAACAUCCUGAUCAUUGGCAGAACGAUGGAUCUUAUAAUUUAGAAUAG